GGAAGGAGCGCAAGCUCGGGGCGCUCGGCUGUAGGGGCCGGGUCGGGCCGCUUGCGGGGGCCAUGUCCCUGAGCAGGAGAGAAGUGUUCAUAGGUAAAGUACUGAAAAGACUCUAUCCUGAAACUUCAUCAUCUUCUCUUGUGCAUACUUUGAGUGGAAAAGAGGGGGUAGUUCUUGGAAAUCUGGGCUCGGAAUCCAAAGAGAAAAGUUUGGAUAAUGUUCAGACUUCAGCAGAUGCUAGCACAUCAACUGAUACAUCCUGCAAAUCAAGUCAAGGUAGUGGCACUACAAUUGUGCCUCCAAAGAGAAUGUACACAGUGAGUCUUCCUCCGGAGGGUUACGUUGCAGAUAUUCCAGAUGCCGCUAGAAUUUCAGCUUCUGAAACCCCAGAGAGUAGUGCUGACUCAACAGAGGAGGAAUAUCAAGGGCAAACCAAGAGAAAGCGCAUUCGAAGGAAGAAACAAAAGAGCAGCUUACAAAACUCUAAUAAUUUACGUGGAGGACAAACAGAUUCUGGAAUGCAAGAGACUCUUGUUCGAGAUAAUUUACAGCUGCAGCAGACAGACAGUCCCAAAAUAAGCAAAAACAAAAAGAGGAAAAUGAAAAAGAAGCGACAGAAAGAAAAAAUAAAAGCAGCUGGCUUGGUAACAAAAACUACCGGUGUGGAUUUUACGUAUCAGCCAGACAAAAGCAACAGAGAAGAAGCAGCAGGCUUAAAAGACAUAGCUGAAAAGACAGAUAGCAUUCUGGACUUCCUGCAGGCAACACAACAAAUUUAUUUUGCUGACAGUAAAUCAAGAUGCACAGACCCUGCUGUAAAUGCAGCAGCUGCCCAAGAGCUUUUGCAGUAUCUUGAAUCUCACACUAUUUCUUCUUCAGAUGUGACACUUUUACAUCGAUUGAAAUCCCUUGUAUUGCUACAGGAUAUUGAGAGAUUGAAGGAUGCUUUGAAACAGUUCCAAGAACAAUCCAUGAUGCCUCCUGAUCAUACCAAGAUAAUCACGUCUCUAUUUCACUACUGGAUUACAGAUAUCCUUCCUGUGAAGAACAGGAAAUAAACCCUUGCCUGUGUCCAUAUGCACUGGGUUAAAAUUUAAUAUACAAACUCUUAACCAAGUAGCAAUUGUUCAGGAAGAGCAGUGUCAAUGCACAUUCUACACCUUCAGGUAAAUAAAUUAUUCUUCAGUGUUACAAACUCCAGAAGACAAUAAACAGGGUAUAACUAAAUGUGAUUUUUGAUGGUUGGUCAAGAGUAUGCACGUUGUCUGUCUUGAGUCUUCAGCUGGAUUACUGUGUAUGUUUCACUUUAAGAUAAAGGAUUUAGCUGGAAUGAUAAAGUCUGUAUCAAGUACUUUGUUUAAAAGUGUAGUAUUUUUUGUUGUUCAUAAAUUUAUUGUUUCUUUCUGGAGAUUUUAUUUCUUGACUUUUCUAGUUUAUCUAAUACAUCUGUUUAUCUGAAAAACAGAAAUAUAUUUUUAUAUUAAAAUCUAAGCAACAAUAUAUCUGUGGAAUCCAUCUUUGCUGCACAGACAACUAAAUUAUGGAAAUAAAUCCAUUUUUACAUGGGGGUCAUGUAGGAACUGUUUGGAAUUAUGCAGAAGCUUGAAUGGCAUUUUCAGAAAUACUCCAUGUCCCAGUCUGUUACAGUGAAAUGUGCUUCACUGAGUGCAGAAUUAUGGGUCUGGGUUUUUUCUGCAACUGAAUUUAUCCAUGUGUAGUUGAUACAGUAAGUAAUAUCCAUGGUUGUAAAAUGUUUUGGAAUCCUGAAUUAAAAAAUGCUUCAUGAGAGGCUCUUCUCUCAGCUGAGUCAUUCACCUGAUAGGUGGUACAAAGCAAACCAUUUCUCAUAUCUCUGUCUUUGCUCCUUCAUGAAUAGGAUAGGAGCAACAUAUUUAUCUCCUUCAA